UAGCUACCUACAAGAAUGCAGUAUUACGUUUCGUGUCGUUGAUUUUAAGCGAGUUUCGUUGGAUUACAUCUCGUAUUUGUGUGAAUCAUCUGGUCAAUUCAUCGAUUUAAGGUUAUAGCGUUGGAUUAAAACUCUUCUGGUGUUCCGAAGUGUCAAAAUCUUUUUCUGGCGAUUUCGUGAUUGCACGUGAUUUUGGACAGCAGUGAAUACGUCGUUCUUGUGUCUUAAUACUCGUUCAUCUUGGGUCCCAUCGAUUUUUUAAGAAUACGCUUUCCUCGAGAGAAUCUUGGACAUGGCAAGAUCGUGGAGGAACGUGAUCAAGCUUUUGGUCUGUGUGUGUAUCGCUUUGGAUUUUGCUCAAACAAUAGUUGCAGAGUUUCGAUGUGGUAAAGAUCAGUUUGCUUGUGGCAAUCAGUUAUGUAUUCCUGAAAAUUGGAGAUGUGAUGGAGAAGAUGAUUGCGGAGAUAACUCCGACGAGAAGAAUUGUCCUGUUAGACAUUGUGAUCUAAGCACAAACUUUGCGUGCAAAACUGUUGACCGUUGCAUUCCUCUGAGAUGGGUGUGUGAUUUCGCUGAUGAUUGUGGGGAUAAUUCUGACGAACCUGCAAACUGUGCCCAAAGAACAUGUUCAGAGAAUGAACAUGCAUGUGGAAAUGGUCAUUGCAUUCCAAUGCGGUGGCGCUGUGAUCGGGACAAGGAUUGUAAUGAUGGUAGUGAUGAACGAAAUUGUGGACCAAUUUCUCCAGGUAACAAGACUUGUAAUGGUAAUGAGUUUACCUGUUCAAAUGGCAAGUGUAUCUCGCGUAGCUGGCGGUGUGAUCUUGAUGACGACUGUAAAGAUAACUCUGAUGAAAAAAAUUGUCCUAACAAGACAUGCAAACCAACAGAGUUUACUUGUAACAGUGGACGGUGUAUAAAGGGGUCCUACAAGUGUGAUGGGGACAAUGAUUGUCAGGAUGGCUCUGAUGAAAUUGGCUGUCCAACCACUGGUCCUGUGUGCAAGCAUGGUGAAUUUCAGUGCAAUUCUCAUGACUGUGUUCAUGAAAGUUGGGUAUGUGAUGGAGAAAAUGAUUGCAGUGAUGGCUCAGAUGAAAAAGGAUGCAAUGUUACCUCCUGUGGUACUAAUGAGUUCAGUUGUACCAAUGGGAGGUGCAUAUCUAUUCACUCACAUUGUGAUGGCAAAAAUGACUGUUUAGACAACUCAGAUGAGCGGAAUUGUGCUCCUGUAAAACCAAAGCCUUGCAAGGAUGAUGAAUUCCAAUGUGGUGAAACAGACCAAUGUAUUCCAUACAGUAAAGUUUGUGAUGGUAAUGAGGACUGCAAGAAUAAGUUGGACGAACCUUUUACGUGUUCAAUUAAUGAAUGUAUUGAUCACAAUGGCCGUUGUCAACAAAUCUGCAAUGAUACCAAAACAUCUCACUUCUGCUCCUGUCGUCCGGGCUUUGAAGUAGAUAAGGAAGAUCCAAGAAUUUGCAGAGAUAAGGACGAGUGUGAAAUUCCAGGGUCGUGCAGCCAAACUUGUUACAACACAAAAGGAAGUUUCAAAUGUUAUUGCCGAAGUGGGUAUGAACUGGAGCCAGAUCGCCGAACCUGUAAAGCGAUAGGUGAAUUAGGCUUCCUCAUUUUUGCCAAUCGUCAAGACAUUCGCCGCCUCUUGUUUGAUUCUUCUGACUACACAGAAAUGGUACCAGAGCAGCGGGGUGCUAUAGCGUUAGACUAUGACUUUGAAAGUGGGUACAUAUUCUGGACAGAUGUCAUUGAUGAAAAUAUCAGGCGAACUAAGAUGCAUGACAGUUCUGUAGUUGAAGACUUGGUGAAGAUAAACCUCCAUACACCAGAUGGAAUUGCUGUAGAUUGGAUUAACAAGAAGUUAUAUUGGACAGACACUGGUGUAGACAUGAUUGAGGUAUCUGAUUUUGAUGGCAAGAAUCGUCUUCAAUUGGUAACAACAAAUCUGGAGGAACCAAGAGCUAUUGUUGUGCAUCCUUCUCUUGGUUUUAUGUUUUGGACUGAUUGGGGUGAGAAGGCAAAGAUUGAAAAGUGUGGAAUGAAUGGAGACCUUGAAACAAGGCUGGAGAUAGUUAAUACCAGUAUCCUGUGGCCCAAUGCACUUGCAAUAGAUUAUACUGUUGACAGAAUUUGGUGGGCAGAUGCAAAACUCCACACUAUAGAAUCAUCAGAUUUAAAUGGAGGAAACAGACGGCUGGUGUUGAGUGAGAACAUCAACCAUCCAUUUGCAUUGACCAUUUUCCAGAGCUACAUUUAUUGGACAGACUGGCAUCUUAAUGCAAUCCACAAGGCUAAUAAAUUUACUGGUGAAGAGAGAUCUAUUGUGAUGGAGAAUCUGUUUUCACCAAUGGAUAUUCAUGUCCAUCAUAGACAGCGACAACCUAUAGGAAUGAAUCCAUGCACUGUUGUGGCAGAGUAUGGCGGCUGCAGCCAUAUUUGUUUAUUAGCUCCCAAAAUUAAAAAAUAUCCAGAUGGUUUCUCCUGUCACUGCCCCUCUGGUAUUAAUCUGCUUUACGAUCACAGGACCUGCAAUACAACAGAUGCUUUCAAAUGCACAGAUAAAACAUGUCGUAAUGGUGGAACAUGUGUAAUAAAAGAGGAAGGGGCAUUACCAUCUUGCGAAUGUACUUACGAGUUUACAGGAAAGGAUUGUAGCAUAAAACGCAGCCUACCUCCUUUCACUGCCAGUCCCACAUAUACUACACCUGGAAUGAGUGGAUUGCAUGAACUUAAAGGAGAGGAUGCUGGUGUCACAGCAGCAAUAUCAGUUGCUGUGGUAGUAGUCCUUUUAGCUCUGGGUGGCUUGAUCGGAUGGCUAGUUUAUAGAAGAAUACGUAGAAACAAUCUUAGAUCAAUGAGUUUUGAUAACCCUGUGUAUAAGAAAACUACUGAAUCUAAUGGCUCACUGGAUAGAAUAAGUAUAAGAUUUGGUCAUUCUCACGGAAAAUGUCAGUCAUUAUUGAGCUCAUUCCGGAAUGAAGUUGAAAUUCACAGUUGCUAGCAUUUCAAUUGUUAUCCAAAUGGCAAAGGCCAGAAAAUUUGAAGAGACUGUUGCAAAUAUUUUUUUCAUUCUUGUCUCUGCUAUCUGUCUGAAUUUAGAGCAUUGUGAACUGAAUUAUAUUUUAAAGCUGAUAAUGCACAUUUCAGCCUUUAAGGAGUAGUAAAAUUUGUUUGAAGUUCAUGUUUGUACCAUAACAUGCAUGAACUUCCCUUUUUUUACCAAAAAAAAUAUGUUUUCUGCUUUAGAAGUACCAGUACUUUUUUUUGCACCAGUCUUUAAAGAUUGACCAGCCUUUGCCAAGUGGGUAAUAAUUCAUUAAAUAGGUUGUCAAAUUAAGAAUAUAUAUAUUAUAUACAUCUAGUUAUAUAGAUAUUCAUAAGCCCAUCCUGGAGAUGAUAUGGCUUGGCAUGCAGAUUGUAUAAGUGAUAUUUAAAUAAUUGUAAUUUUUUUGUGUUAAGGUUCCUAGUGUUACUUGUCUGUUUGGGGAAAACUCAUUUGAAGCCUCUUUGAUUGCUGUGUGAUGUGAUUACUAAUGUCACACAGCUUUUUUUGUAAACAAUAGUUCUUGUUUUUGCCUCCGUCUAAGAAGUGGGGGGGGGGGGAAGGGGGGACGGGGAGUAAUAUUUUUGAAGUGGCUAAGAGUGAGAGAAACAGACAAAUAAUGCACAAGAACUGCUGAGAUGAGCCAAGAUUUAGAAAAACUCCACAUUAUUUUUUCUCUGUUCCUUUUGACAUUAAGAAGGUAAGAAUUUGGCUGUUUUUCAACACAGCAUCUGGAAAAAUUAAGACUUCUUCUGGCCUGAUUAUUGAUUUGUUUCAACUGAGAUGUUUUUGAGCAGGUGUUAUAACUAUUUUCUCAUGAAAUUUUUGUUUUUGAUUUGUGUAAACAACUGAAUCUUGGCUUUUUGAACCUUCCUUAAACUAAAGAAUUGAUCAAGCAAAUGAAAGUGUUUACUGCAAUGAUUGCUGUUGCCUUGUUCAUUAACUCUUGUUCAAGGGCAAGUCACAUUUUCUUUUUGAAAACUCAAAUAUAAAGAAAUCAGGUUAAUAUGUUUUAACGGACAUAAAGGCUAGUAUUAUAGAAAUUAAUACAUAGAACACAGGAAAUAUCUGCUCACAAACAUUUCAGAGGAACAUGGGAGAUGAUAAUGAUUCUAAAUGAUUGCAUCAGCUGUAAAAAGAUCAGAUUUAUACCCUCGUAUACACAUAGAUUUAAAGUGUUGUAAAUGUAUGUAAUUGCACCAGCUGCGAGAUAAUUAUUUCUAAUGAUAUGAAACACCUCGAAUAUAUAUAAAUAUUUUGCUGCAGCUGGUUAAAACAAUGAAAACAUUUACCGACACAGGUCUUAGUUUUGAAAUGUUUAAGGAAGAUUGCAGUCUUAUUUAUUUAAUAUGCUGUACAAAAGGAUACUAAUGAACAUAGCCCAUGUCAGGCUGUAUUUUUGUUUUCUACAGUAAUAUUUUUCAAGAAAAAAAGGAAAGCAUAGCGAUCGCAAAAUUGAACAUGCUACAGUUUAUGUGAUGCAACUCUUUCACAAUGUUUUCUGUAUUUGGACAAGCUCAAUUGUUUGAUUUAUGUGCAAACCAGUUCUUCCCUUGUCGCAAAUUUGUUUUUUAACUUCCUAAAGAACAGGCGAAAAGGACAAGAAACCAUAGGGGCCCUGAAGAAGAAUUAUGUCAAAUACACUGCAUAUGGUGAAAGUGUAAAUUGUAAAUAGAAAAUUGACAUUUAAAUUUGGAGGCAGUUUGUAUAUUUUACCGAGAAAUCUGAUCAUAUUCAUAUUAUUCUCCUUUGUUAAUAUUAUUUUGAUGGAAAUUUCACAUUGUCUCGCUUUAGGGUUGAACAAAAAUAGUUUGUCAUCUUGUCCAGACUAUGUGAUUUUGGUUUGAUUUUUGGUUUCUGUUUUGAUAUUAUUCAUACUACUUACGAUGUUUGUAUCAUGGUAUCUUGACUGUUCAAAUUUCUUCAGUUCUGCGGUACUGGUAUUCAGGAAAUGCACCUUUAGUUAUUUUAUUAUUAAGCUAUUGGUAAUAUUGAUGCUGAAACUUGCUGGAACCUGAUAGUUAAAAAGUUUUAAUAGAGUUUAUUACCCUCAUUCAACAUUUCUGAAGUUCAAAUAAUGUUAUGCGAAUCUUAGAGUAUACUUUUAUUACAUGGUAGUUCUAAACUAUAUGCAAUUGUGAGGUAGUUCAAACAUUUUCCACAAGAAUUAUUUGUAUGAUAAGUCAUAAGAAUACUUUUCUAAGUAUUCAUUUUUUGCAAGUUACUUGAUAAAAUAGAAGCCUAAAAUCAAAUUCAGUUUUAGAGAAAGUUAAGGUAAACUUUGAUUAGCCUGAAGGCAAAAUGCCUUCAGAUCAGUGCAUACAAUAUUUAAAGUGUGGAAAAUGUCCUUUUCUUUAUGUGGAUAAUAGAAAUGUAUAUAGUAAUUAAAGAGGUUAAAAAUUGCCAUGCUAUUUGUAUGUCGGCAAGUAUGGAAUAAAAUGAUUGC